AAGCGGAAGUGUGGGAGGAUCUGCGGGGCGGGUUCGGGAGGUUUGGGGGAGGAUGGAGCAGUGAGCGGAUUUGGGCGACUACUGGCAGCGCUAUGGAGACGGUGCAGCUGAGGAACCCGCCGCGCCGACAGCUGAAAAAGUUGGAUGAAGAUAGUUUAACCAAACAACCAGAAGAAGUGUUUGAUGUGUUAGAGAAACUUGGAGAAGGGUCCUAUGGCAGUGUAUACAAAGCUAUUCAUAAGGAAACUGGUCAAAUUGUCGCUAUUAAACAAGUUCCCGUGGAAUCAGAUCUGCAGGAAAUAAUCAAAGAAAUUUCUAUAAUGCAGCAGUGUGACAGCCCUCAUGUAGUCAAGUAUUAUGGCAGUUAUUUUAAGAACACAGACUUGUGGAUUGUUAUGGAGUACUGUGGGGCCGGUUCUGUAUCUGAUAUCAUUCGAUUACGAAAUAAAACGUUAACAGAAGAUGAGAUAGCUACAAUAUUGCAGUCAACUCUCAAAGGCCUGGAAUACCUUCAUUUUAUGAGAAAAAUACACCGAGAUAUUAAGGCAGGAAACAUCUUGCUAAAUACAGAAGGACAUGCAAAGCUUGCAGAUUUUGGAGUAGCAGGUCAACUUACAGAUACCAUGGCCAAGAGGAAUACAGUGAUAGGAACACCAUUUUGGAUGGCUCCAGAAGUGAUUCAGGAAAUUGGGUACAACUGCGUGGCAGACAUCUGGUCUCUGGGAAUAACUGCCAUAGAAAUGGCUGAAGGAAAGCCCCCGUAUGCUGAUAUCCAUCCAAUGAGGGCAAUCUUCAUGAUUCCAACAAACCCUCCUCCCACAUUCCGAAAGCCAGAGCUGUGGUCAGAUAACUUCAUGGAUUUUGUGAAGCAGUGUCUUGUAAAGAGCCCUGAGCAGAGAGCCACAGCCACUCAACUCCUGCAGCACCCAUUUGUCAAGAGUGCCAAAGGUGUGUCAAUACUGCGGGACUUAAUUAAUGAAGCCAUGGAUGUGAAGCUGAAACGGCAGGAGGCCCAGCAGCGGGAAGUGGACCAGGAUGAUGACGAAAACUCAGAGGAAGAUGAAAUGGAUUCUGGCACAAUGGUUCGAGCAGUGGGUGAUGAGAUGGGCACUGUCCGAGUAGCCAGCACCAUGAGCGAUGGAGCUAAUACCAUGAUUGAGCAUGAUGACACGUUGCCAUCACAGCUGGGCACCAUGGUGAUCAAUGCAGAAGACGAGGAAGAGGAAGGGACUAUGAAAAGAAGGGAUGAGACCAUACAGCCUGCAAAACCAUCUUUCCUUGAAUACUUUGAACAAAAAGAAAAGGAAAAUCAGAUCAACAGCUUUGGCAAGAGUGUACCUGACCCCCUGAGAAAUUCUUCAGACUGGAAAGUACCGCAGGAUGGAGACUAUGAGUUUCUGAAGAGUUGGACAGUGGAGGACCUUCAGAAGAGGCUCGUGGCUCUUGACCCUAUGAUGGAGCAGGAGAUUGAAGAGAUUCGGCAGAAAUACCAGUCCAAGCGGCAGCCAAUCCUAGAUGCCAUUGAGGCUAAGAAGAGACGACAGCAAAAUUUCUGAGCAAGACGGAGCACUGGACUUUAGUGAAUUCUGGAUUGCUCGUCUCAUGUCUGUCAGCCAGCACUUACGCUAUGUCAUUUCUCCACAACACCUUUGUGAACUCAGGAAUGUGCGCCAGUGGGAAGGGCUACCUUGACUGACGGUCAUUGUGCCAUCUUGAUGUGUGUAUUUACAUGGAUUAGGUAUAUUAUUUCAAAGAUUUAUGUUGGCGCUUUUAACUCAGAGUUUUAAACCCCAGAAACAGAGACUGUUAGUUGAUAGCUGGGAAAGUUUCACGUUGUUUUUUUUUUCUUUUCCCAAUAGUUUUUGAUUGUUCUUUCUGGAAGACUUUUUAAAAAUAUAUAAAUAUACAUAUAUAUAUAUAUAAAUUAUAAAUAGAUUCCCCACUCAGUGUGGUGGUAUCUCUGUACAGGUACAGUUUUGAACAGUUCACCUCUUUUCUGUAAGAUUAUGGUACUGUGGAACAUGGGGGCUGAGGACAUCAGGAACCUGUUGCAGGUCACUGAAUCCUAGGAGCCAACCUCCCUCAUGUAGGGCUGCAUUUAAAAAUUAGGCUUGGUUUCCACAUGGUAUAGCCGUGCAUGGUCAUCACUGGCUUUUGGAGCUGACAGUGAUGCCCAGAACACCUCGAGAAUUUGUGUGUGAUUUUUGAGUCCCAAGAGAAGCCUGGCACUCUUUUUGCAAAUUGACCUUUACUGUUGCAGUGUCUUUCAUCCAUCUUCACUCUCCCAACUGCCUAAUGUCACCUGACAGAUGUUUCUCAGUGCCUUAAGAGGAGAGGUGAUCUGGUGGAGGGACAGGGUUAACAGGAACUCUCAUCAAACACAGAACUGUGUUCAGUCCACAGGAGAAAAGGAUUUUGAAACUCUCUUUGUUCGUGUGAAAAAUUACACAAGUAGCAUUCUGCUCCACAUUCCUUAGGAACGGGUACAGGGCAUUGCUUUUUAAAAUCUACAUUUAAAUAUGUGACUGUUUUCUUUUUUCUUUUACUGUUAAGAGGUCUGGAAAUAUAAAUGUGAAUACUCUAGGAUGCUCAGUCUGGACAUAAAGAAUGCCAGAGUUAGAAGGGACCAUAAUGAUCAUCUGGUCUGACCCUGUGAGAAGGGAAGUGACAUGGCCAAUGUCACAAACCGGGUUAUAGUAGGGGCAGGGCUUGGAACUCAGGGCUCCACUCCUGGGACACUGACCUGAGCAGCCCCUUUCCUGAGGAAAGAGAUUUGUAACCAUUUGGGUUAGGUUGUCCCAGGGAUCCCAGCUGAUAGAAACCGCUCUUGCCUUGCUACUUUUUAGUUGACCUGGCUAUGAAAAGAUUCCCCAGAGAAAAAUAUCACUGAGUCUAUGAGCUCUGCUGUGUCUGCACAAUAGCCGACCAGCACCCAUGGAGGCAGAUUUAGGGCCUGAAGCACAACAGAGGAUUUUGCGUGAAAAUAGCAUGAAGCUAUCUUCCUACAACUUUGGUUCAGAGCCAUACUUUGUUACACGGAACAGAGAACACAAUUGGAAAAGACAAGUAUGUUUUUAUUUUAUUCUAAUAUCUCUCCCUUCAGAUAGGGGAGUCAUGACUAGGUUACACAAAGAAUACUGUAAUUUGAUUCCAUAAUUGCUUUUGCUCCCUAAACCUGAGAAUCAAUGGAAAGGCAGGGAUAGUUGUUCUUCUGUGAUCAGAUUCUGUUCUUUGCAAUUAAAGCAGUUUUUAAAAAAUGCAAAAGGUAGUUGGUCUUCAGAGAUUAACCAGUGAAGUAGCUAUGUGUUUGAUAAAGAAAAUAGAGGACAAUAGAGGGCAUAAUAAAUAGCAGCUAGCAUUUAUCGACCACCUCUUAUAUGCCAAGCCCUGGGCUUGGUAGGCUUCAAAUUUCAUAAUAGUCCUGCAGGUAAGUAUCUUAUCUCCAUUUUGAAAAUAGGCUUGAAAAUGGAUUUGGAGAGAAAUAUUCUUUCCCAAGGCAAUAUAGUAAGAGGUAGAGUCAGGAUUCAUAGCGUUACUGUACACAGCCAUACGCAGCCAUGUCUAACCUGUAGCCAGCGGGCAUAACAGAUUAAAAAAGUUUUUUGUUGUUACUUAAUACACCAACUAUUUUUUUUUUUCACUUUUUUUUUGUACCGGGAAUUGAACUCAGGACCUUGUGCUUGCCAGGGAGGCGCUGUACUGCUGAGCUAAAUCCCUAGCUGUAUUUUAUAUUUUUAUGUGGUCCAAGGCUCUUCACUCAUUGUGGCCUGGGCAAGUCAAAACUGUUGAACACUCCUGACAGAAAAAAGUCACUAGUCUGUUUAAAAUGAAAUGACCAUCUUUGUUGUUGUUGUUGUUGUUUUUGGUCCUGGGAAUUGAAUUUGGGACCUUGUGCUUGCCAGGCAGGCACUUGUGUCACUGAACUAUAUCCCCAGUGUGACCAUCUUUUCUUGCAUAGACUAAUUCCAUGUGGAAUUUUUAGGUUGGAAAAUAGCUGAAUUAAUAGGUCUGAUAGCUAACUAAGUUUUAGAAACCAAGCAUUGAGCAUGCAUACCCCACUUCACUUGCUAGGCUAACAGUUCUGCGUAGUCUCUUUUCUCUUUAAACAAAGGGACCAGAAGAAGAAGCCUCUUUCUUCUCUCCUAAGCAAGAUUCAAGUAAAGGAAAGCUCAGUUUUCCCCCAUAAAUAUUCUUGAGCUGUGAACCUUGGUCUGGAUGUUAUUUUGUUUUAAGCAUAUGUAAACCCAACAUACUGGUCCAGCAAGUGCAUUACUUAUCAGUCUAGCUAGACAGAGCCCUUUAGCCAGAAGUCAAAUUGUUUUGAAUCAGAUGAAUUUCCUGGCAAGAUAUAUUUGUUUUCUAGUGACAGAAAGGUAGAGGAGCAAGUCCUUGUCUUGUUUUCCUUAAAUGCUAAAUUCAAGAUAUUUCAGGUUUCAUUGAGCUUAAGGUUGUAUGUUUCAAACUUCAGAGCAUUGAGGCUUUCUGUAGUUUCAAGAAACGAUGACCCACACCUAUUGCAUCUUUUAAAAAAUCCUAUAGUCUCUAAAAAUAUCUUAAUUGCUCUCCCAAUAGUAAAUUUGAAGCAUAUUUCUAUUUUUAUUUCUUUUUAUUCCUUUGGCCAACUACCAAUUGAAUUGAAAAUUUGGCUCAAGGAGAAGGGUGGAUGGAUAGAAGGAUAUAUAGAAUGAACCGGUUGUCCAAGAUCCUGAAGCAAUUCAUAACCUGUAGACUUGUCUCUUUGAAACUAUAGAUUCUAACCAGCAAACAUUUGAGAGCACCUAUGAAAUGCCAUAAAUUUGCAUAUAAAACAUGUAAAAUUCAAUAGCCCAGUUUGGUAUUAGAAAUGAGAGAAAAAAAAUAGAUGGAGAAGUAAGGGCUGGGAAUUUAGCUCAGCAGCAUAAGCGCCUGCCUUGCAAGCGUGCGGUUGUGAGUUUGAUCCCCAGUACUGAUGAAAAGAAAUAAGAGAGAUGAUAUCACUAUGGGUCCUGUAGUUAUUCAAAGGCUGAUAACAGAAUCUGCUAAUACAUUCAACAGUGAAAUAGACCAAUUCUUGGAAGCAUACAAAUUACCAAAGCACACUCUUAAGAAAAAUAGAUAUUCCAAACAGCCUUUAUCUACAGAAACUUGAUGGCUUUCAGAUGAAGAAACAGAGGCUCAGAGAGGCAAAGUCUGUUGCUCGAGGCCAUGUCACUGUAAUAUAGGAGAGCCGGGCUCUAGAUCCAGGUCCUCUGGUUCUUACCCAGUGUCCUUUCCAACAUACCAUGUUGCCUGUAAAGAUUGCAGCUCCUUACUUGGGGGGCAGUUGUUCUUGUCCAAUCCAGACUCCCCACUGCACCCUGUGCUUUCUUAGCACUAUGUUUGUUUCCUCAAGAUUGUAUUCAUUGUCUUUGGAAUCCAUGUUCUUGUUUGUGUUUGGCAAAAAACUCACCAGCUUGCACUCGGAACCAACUUGGGUUUAAAAAAAAAAGGCUUAAAUGCUGUUGCUGAUGUACAAUUUAAAAUGUGAAGUUUGUAGCUUUAAUUUUUUUUGUAACAAAAACUAAUAACACUGGCUUAAAUGCUGACUUGAAAUGCUAUUUUGUAAGGUUAGGAUGUAAAUAAUUAGUUGAGGUCAGCAGUUUGUAUAUGUAUGAGACAUAGCUUCCUCCAUUGCCUUUUAUUUUCUUUUUUAAAAAAAAUCGAGAUGCUUCCUACUUUUAUGUUAGAUUUGUUAUUAUCUCUCCUCUUUCUUUCUAUACUUUGUUAACCUUUGUUUUAAAUAAACUGUCCAUUGGACCACA